AUGGAGAAUCUUAGGCCAAACAGAAGUGACACUCAUCUCUCACCCGAAGAAGAAGCAACCAUAGAAGCAAAAACCAGACACCAUUUCGACGAAGCAGCACCAAAACGACACACAAAACCUCAACGCAGUGAAUACGCUUCUCAAUACGUGGACAAGAAUCUCUCAGAUCAUUCUCAACCAGAAAUGCUACAAUUUCAACGACUUGAGAAAGAUCCUGCCGAGAAGAAAUUGAUUUACAAUGGAAAAGAAGUUUCUGAAGAAUUUGUGGAAACUGAGUAUUACAAAGAUCUCAACAGUGUAGACAAACAUCAUCACACGACAGGAAAAGGAUUCAUUCAAGUUGAAAAAAGUGACACAAGCUUCCACAUAGAACCGGAUAAUGACAGUCAUGAAUGUCAUCAGUCUAGCAAGGGAAAUCCAGCAACCAAUGACUGGGUUCCUGCUCCUUUUACAGAGGAGGAUUCUCAUUCGGAUAAACCUAAUAGAAGUGAUAACUGA